AUGUGGGCUAAGGAUGUAGAUGUACCUUCCGCUAAUCCAGCCGUACGGGUGGCAACACCGUUUAUUCCGACCGAUGUGAUUGUGAGGCAGAUUGCACCGUUGAUUUCUCUUCCAGUUGAGCGCAUCCGCGAGCUCGUGGAAAACUUUGAUAAGGACAAAAUUGGAGGCCUGACUGAAGUACAAUGGGUGUUUUUUUGUGAGGAAAAUCAGAAGUAUUUUGCCUCUUUGGGUGAGGAGAAGAUGGGUUUUGAGCGCUUUCUUGGGUAUAGUGUUCCUGAUGCGGAUCUGCAGCCCAGCCGUACCCGUCGCUUUGGUCAGGGUGUCGUGCGAUUUUUAGAAGGAUUUGCAGCAGGUGGUGUUGCUGGCGCCGUGAGCAAAACCGUGAUAGCGCCGGGAGACAGGGUGAAGAUUAUUUUUCAGGUUGAUUCCGGGAGACGAUUUACACUUUCCAAUGCAGUGCGCUUAGGUGUAAAGACUGUGCGUGAUCACGGUGUUUUGGGACUUUGGAUUGGGAAUGGUGCGAUGAUGAUGCGUGUAGUGCCAUAUACCGCCAUUACUUUUGUAUCUUUCGACUACUAUCACAGUGGGCUUGUCUAUUUGGCGACGUCUCGCUACGUAGAUGGGGUCGGAGAAGAAGGUUUAGCUGUAGCUUUGCGUUUCUUGGGGGGCUCUCUUGCUGGGGCAACGGCAACUACCUGCACGUACCCCUUGGACUUAAUGAGGGCGCGUCUAGCAUUUCACAGUUGUAGUGAGGAAAAACCUCCAAGCUAUCGCGUUGUGUGCAACACAUUGGUUAAGACACAUGGCGUGAAAGCGCUCUACUCUGGUUUGAUUCCCACGCUUGUGGGUAUUAUGCCGUAUGCGGGAUGUAGUUUUGCUGUUUUUGAAACGCUGAAAAGUCGUAUUGUUGAAUGGCAUAAUCUUUCGUCGGAGAAAGCCAUCUCUGUGCAUGAACGAAUGGUAGCCGGUGGACUGGCUGGUCUUAUUGCUCAGUCCGCCACCUACCCCUUGGAUAUUGUGCGUCGGCGCAUGCAAGUGGCUCCUAGGCGUUACCGUGGUGUGUUUCACGCCCUCCAGUUAAUCUAUAAAGAAGAAGGUCUUUUUCAAGGCUGGUAUAAGGGACUGCAGAUGAAUUGGAUCAAGGGGCCAAUUGCUGUCGCCACAGGGUUUACUGUCAAUGAUGUCAUUAAGAGACGUAUGCGAGAGUAUGACGAAAAAUCUGCUCAGUAUUCUCAUCGGGAGUACUUGGUGACAAUCCCUGAGGCAUUUGUAUGUGGUGGGGUGGCGGCUGGAGUGGCGAAGUUCUGGACUGUACCAUUUGAUCGUUUAAAAAUUAUGUAUCAAGUGGGUCUGGGCGCCUUUGACACUCAUAAGCUUGGACGUCAAGGGUUUGCGUUAAUGGGUGAUAUGUAUGUAGAGAAUCCGAAUAUGUGGCAAGGUAGUGGAAUCACCAUGAUGAGAGUCAUUCCAUACGGGGCGCUUGCAUAUUGUUUCUUUGAUAUAUUUCAAACAGCCUCUGAACGGCUAUUGUUUUCUUUAACUCCUACGCCUGCCACCAAUUUUCUCGCGGGUGGAUCAGCGGCUGCGUUGACGACAACUAUGUUAUAUCCGCUUGAUCUUGUACGCACCAAAGCUGCUACCGAUAGACUUACGUCAUUUUCUCAAUCGUAUUACUGGACGCUGCGUGAGAUGGCGCGACAGAAGGGUCUACGCUCGCUUUGGGAGGGUUGCUCGCUUGCUGUUAUGGGUGCGUUCCCUUUUGCCGGUAUAGGUUUUGCCACGUAUGAAUUUAUCAAGGAGCGAUAUAAAUGUGAAACCUUUGGCCAGCGGCUUUUUGCCGGCAUGUGUGCCGGGGUCGCUGGCCAAUUCACGACGUAUCCUCUUAAUAUUGCUAGGCGACAACGGCAGGUUGAGCAGCUUGCGUACUCAGGGUUAGGUGAUCUUAAAAGGAUAUUUAUGAGGCCCGGAUUCUAUGCCUCAUUGUACAGGAAACUGUCUUUUGGCUGGUCAAUAGGUCCAAUGACAUUGGGGAUGUCAUUUGCCAUCAAUGAUUUGUGUCGUGAUGGGGUUGUUAAGGCGCGGAAGGAAAUUUUGCACGAUUUAUUGUUUACUGGUGGGACAGCAUGA